AUGGAACUCGCAAUUCUCGGCCUUUACAAACAGUUGAUUCUCCAGAAGGCGUUGAAGAACCUGCCGGACAUGGAGCAUGUGUUCUUGGGGGGAGCGGGAGAAGACGAGGAGGUCAUCAAUGUCGACGAAGACGAACCGGUUCAAAAUGUCACGGAGAACAUCAUUUACCAGAGCCUGGAACACAGCAGGGGUGUUGGUGAGGCCAAAAGACAUGACCAGAUACUCAACCUGGAUGCCUUGGAUAAGAAGUUUAUACUGGAUAUAAUUUCUGGAUGCAUUGAGCAAAAAAAGUUAUUGGAUGUUGUCAUCAACGUCUUUUAUGCUCAGAGUGGGAAAUACUUACUGAAGGCUGAUCGUAACCAGUUAGCCAUAAUAUGUUACUUCAGCAUGUUCCUCAUUGAUGACCUUGGACUGGAGUGCUUCAGCAAGGUUGUCAACUCUUUGGACAUAAAAAAGAUGCACAAAUUCCUGAGUUUCUUCUUCAACAUCACAAACCUCAGUACCUGGAUCCAGGGGGAGUGGAGUCAGAUCUAUGAUGCUGCCUAUGUGGAGAGGAACUGGAUUGCCCCGCUACUAAGGUGGCGCCCUGAGAUUGAGAUUCUGAUGGCUCAGCUUGCAUCCAGAAUGUCUAGAGGGAGUCAGUUUAAAAAAGCCACCAAGAAAAACACUGAGCCCCACGAAUUUUCACUUACCAAAUCCAAAGCUCGCCCUCUCCCUGCACUUGAGCCCAUCCCCCUGCAGGAGAAACACCAGCUGGUACCAACCAGCACCUACAGAGUUCCAAAAGAGAAGCAGGUCAUGGAGGUGGUAAAACAGAGGAACCGUCAGAAGGCAGAGAAAGUUCUGUAUGAGGCCAACACUCAACAGUUCAAGUGUGCAAACCCACAAAAGUCUGAGCGCACCAAGACACACUUGUCUAUGUGCGUGUGUCUAUACCCAUGUGUAUUUCUAUAUUUCCACCAGCCUAACAACCUGCCCAUCAGGCUCAACACCACGGCCAUCCUGCGGGAGGGGGCUCUGUAUAACCGUCAGGUGGAGGAGGAACUACGCAGGAUGGAACAACUUGUGGAGGGGGCGGGCGAGCCCUCCUCGUUCCUGCAGUGGCAGAAGGAGAUGCGGGAGUGUGAUCUCCAGGAAGAGCUGGCCCAGGUGGAGCGUCGCCGUCUGGAGGGUCGUAUCCGCUACGAGGAGGCUGCUCUCCCCCGCACUCGCAUCAUGGAGCGCAACCAGAAGACUGCACUGCUAAAGAAGGAAGAGACUGCCAAGCUGAUGCAAAGAUACGCAAACAAGCGGUUGCAGGAGGAGAAAGAGAUGAGAGACCUGGUGCAACAGGUGGCAGAUGGACACAAAAACUCUAAAGCAGCUAAAGUGAAGUUGCAGGAGUUCAAACAGCGAAUAGUAAAGGAAGUGUCGGAGCAGAGUGGGGAACUCCUUCGUCAGGCCCUGGAGGAAGCGCAGGCAGAGCUGAGCAGGAAGUUUGAGAUUAUCUGUCAGAUCCGGGCCAUUGAGUCUGUCCCCCUCAUCAGGCACAAGUUUGUGGAUGAAACAGAGACAGCGGGACAUGACCUGCUUGGGGAGAUGUCCCUGGCUGAGCUGCGGGAGCGUCUGGCCAUGCUGAGGGAUGCAGAGCAGAGAGAGCAUCAGGACAGGAGGGGGCACAUUCUGGAGGACAAGAAGAGCAGGGAGCAGCUUUUGCUGGAGCAGCUGGACACCAUCGCCCUCCACAGGACAGCCCUGGGACAGGCUGCUGCACGCAGGCAGGAGGAGAAGAGAGCAAGGCGGGAGCUGCAGCAGAGAGUAGCCGAGGACGAGAGGGUGGUGGCUUUGCAGAGAAGGCUGGACGAGAGGCAGCAGGAGCACCAGAGGCUGAAGCAGCGCGAGAAAACCAAAGCUAAGAUUAGUGAGCAAUCUGCCACUCAUGCCCUCAAGAGCUGGAAUCACAGGAAGCAAAAACUGGAGGAACAACACUGGGCAGAUUUGGAGCAAAGAUUGGAGCGUCAGGUCCAGCAGGAAGCUCCUAACACUCUCUCCCAGAAGAAAAAUACUCAAGGCCUAGACAUCAACCUCUGAAUGUCAUUCUCCUAGCAUAAGGACCAUAUUGCAUGUUUGUUCCAAGUCUUUGAGAAGCCCUAAUUUCAUAUAACAAGUACAACAUGCAUUUUGUAUUUACUUUUGUUAAGGCUACUACUGCUACUCUUAUCAAGAGGAUGUCAGCAUGUAAAGUUGAAAACAAAAAAUAUUUUGUUGUGCUCUUAUGCCACUGU